AUGUCACGUCGAGCAAAACAAAUUUUGGCUGCAGAAGCACGAAAAGCAGCGGACGAAGAUUCAUUCGUACCAGUGCUUCUUCUAUCUGAUCUGGAUGUUAACAAAUGCACUCAAGUACAAUUUCUAGAAAUUCUGACCAACUUGGAUGAACUCUGUACUAGUAGACCGAUUGAUCAGCGAUCGACUUACGUGGAACAAAUCUAUCAUCGAAUGCUUCAACUAUUAUCUCAUAAGGUGGAGAUUCCAUUGAAUCGAAUCGUUGCAAUGGUCAAGCAGUUAAUUACAUAUCAUCCAGUAAUGGCACUUUUAACACUUGACGAUUUCAAAAAACUCGGCGUUGAAAUGGAAAAACGGUCGUUGAUCAUUCAUUUUGAUAUGAGUGCAUCGAUGAACGUACGAGGUUUCGCUCCACUAGUUCAAACAAUCAUCAAUCUAUGUAUAAAAUUACAAAAUCAAGGUAUUCAAGUACAUAUAUCUUUGUUUGGGGAUGGUCAACAAGAGAAAAUACAUACGGCUAUCGCUAAUCAAUUACUUACAUUGGAUCAAUUUGCCAACGGAAAUUAUCUACCCAAUGGUGGUUGUACAGCUUUUUGUCCAUCAUUUGAUCGAACAAAACAAUUUCCUACUCCAUAUGAUGCAAUCAUCGUUUCUGAUGGAGAUUUCACUGACAAUAUUUCUCGGUUGGCUUUUCAAGAACAGUGCCAAACUGUUUUCUUUGUUGCACCACCAUGGUCUUCAUUAGGUAUUGAAGAGAAACACGCAAAAGCGAUUUCAACCAGUGUUCAUCCAACUGUUCCUUAUAUCGGUAUCGCUUCUGAAAAAUAUCCACAACUUGAUACUAUUAUCGAAGGAUUUCUACGUGAACAUAAUUUUUUUGCUCGUCUAUCUGGCUAUGUUACCAUUGGUACUUAUGCUAUUCCAUCAAAUCUUCUUGCACCAACACAUAUGAUACAAGUUUUAAAUAACUGUCUCUCUCAAGGUGAAAUUCAAUUGCAAGUUUUAACAAAAAAAAUCCUUGGUCUUUUUCGAUAUCUCGAAGAAACAGCUAAACUCAAUUUUGAACGAUGUAUUCGAGGCGAAGAAUUUCGAAAGCUUAUGUCAUUAGUAACUCCAUUAAUUAAGUUGACACAAGCUCAUUUGGAAACAAGUAAUGCUUGUCAACAAUUGUACGGAUAUUUAAGCAAAAUUUUGAACAAUUUUGCAAAUGAACACCAAAAGUUAAUCAAAAGUGUUGCUAAUGAUCCAAAGACAAAGACAGAAUUGAGUAAGUUUUGGGAUGAUGCAAUGAGUGUCAGUGAAAGAGCAUUGAUUAUCGAAGAAAAUGAACGAAAAUAUGGACCACCAGUGGCCUAUUUAAAUGUACGAGUGGCUAGUUUGACUUGUACAAGUGAAAUAUUGUCCGAAGCAUUACAACAAUUGAAAACACUAUAUUCACCAGAAGAUCUCGAUCUUCUUUCAAUCAUUCUUGAUAUUUUAUCAAUAUCGAAAAUAGACGAUCGCCCAGCAACAGUUUCCGAGGAAUUGUGCAUUCUCAUUUGGCGUAAAUCGGAUGGUACUGUUGAUUUACUCUCUAUUCUACGUCAACUACCAUUUUGUCUUCAACAAUAUCAAUAUUCACAACAAAUGAAACAGGAUAACGUAUGGACAUUACAACCAUUGGCUGCCCUUCGUUUGGCUUGGAUCAUGGAUGCAUCAGGUCGAACAUUUCCCGAUUUUAUCACACAAGCAUUACCGAGUUUAAUCGUACCGAAUAAAUUCCUAACUGAUCUAGAUCAAGAUGAAAAUCGAUCAGCAUUUUGGAUGAAAAUUCUACGUGAACUUGCUCCUAAAAUAAGUCUUUCAUCUGAAAGUUUACAAUCAAUUCAUCAAAUUCUCACUGUACAUGCGUUGAAAGGCUUCUUACUUCGAUUGACUGAUGGAUCGAUUACUUAUGAGAAACAAGUCUAUGAAAAUGUUUUACCAUUCAUUGAUACAGAUGAACCAAUGGCUUGGUGUGUCUUUAUAAAUAAAGACUUGGAUCGAGUCGAUGCUCGUACUGGUCAAGUCACUGAACGAUCAACAUUUAUUACAGAUCCAAUUGAAGUCGAACGAUGGUAUAGAACAAAUCUUGAAAAGCACGGUUCCGUAGUUAGACCACGAUAUUUAUCGCUCCGUGAAUAUCCUAAUUUUCCGAACGGUGCUAUUGAACUUUACAAUACUUGUACUCGAAAAGAUGUUGAUAUUCUACGUGAUCAAUUGAAAGAACUCGAUGGUAAUUCUUAUUCAUCUGAUCAAAUAAAUGCUCACAUCUAUACAAUUCGUGAUCGGCUCAGAACAAUUCCAUACGUAGUUUGGGGAGCGACAGAUGUAAUAAAUGAUACGAUAGCUAUGGCCAAAGCUGCAUGUCAAGGUGCUACCUUGCCAACAGAAAAAGUUACAAUAAACAUUCCCAAAUCUAUCAUCGUUGAUUAUUUAGUGUCACAGUGUGACAAUCACUUUGCUGCCGGAGCGUUACAUGGAUUUGGUGAAUAUGCACGCAUAGCUAGUCAACAAGUAUUGGCUGGUAUCACAGAGCUCGAUUAUGCUAUUGAAUGUGGACAAAAAGCUACAACAGAAACGACUGCUUUUCAAAUUGUGCUGUUCAUUCAUUUGGAUAAACCUGGUGUUCGAGAGUAUCUGGAGCAGCAGUACAAGAAAUUGACACGACAACUGCGAUCGGUUAUGAGCCCUCCACAACUGCAGAGUCUACCGGCAUUGCUUCAAAAAGCACAGGAAAAAUCAGCCAAUGAUGAAAUUUUAGGUAUGGUCGAUCUUGAAUUGUUACCAACACGAACAACUGCUACAAAGCCGGUUGAAAACUUAUCACGAGUUGUACUCAAUAAAGAUUUAUUUACUUGUCCGAUUACACUCGAUAUUAUGGAUAAUCCUGCAACAACAACACCUUGUGGGCACAUGUUCGAAAUGGAUGCUAUUAAUGGAUAUUUGAACACAGCGAACAUCUGUCCUGUUUGUCGAACAGUAGUCACUGGUGUCACACAGAAUUUCGCAUUCAAGGGUGUUAUUGAAGCAUGGUUGGCUCAACAGUCGGAAUAA